ACUCACCAUCAUUUUGAGAACUGAACUCAAUCGAAACACAUGUGUUUCAAACUUUACUCAUCCAUAUAUUGUGCGUAAACUCAUUUCAAUAAAGAAGCAAAGAAAAAAAAAAUUGUUUGAAAAAAUAUCGCAAUAAACGUACCAUUGUAACCAAUUGUCUAAGAAAUAAAACUGGUGGUUUAACAGCAACAGCAACAAUUAUCUUGUUUUUGUUCACACAUUUUAAAUUUUGGAUUUGUUUGUGAAAAAGAAAUAGAAAGUUUCGGUUUUCGUUUCGAACUAUAUAUCUAUACAUAUAAAUUAGUUGGUGCAAAAUAAAAAAAAAAUAAAAGAGAAAUAAAAAUGGCCCUGGAGAAAAAUCAAAAUAACUUAGCUGUAGAAUACAACAACAUUGCGAAUAGUGAUAGUGCUGCGCUUCUACCACAUUUGGAAUCAUUUGAGAAAAUGCUGAAAUUGCCAGUUGUCGAAGCCGCCUGGCAUCAGGGACAAGGUGUCUAUGGACGUGUUAAAGGUUAUAAUCCAAUUUUCAACUGGGCAUUCCAAGCGGCUGAAGAUGCUGUACAUUUAGCGGUGAACACAGCUGCACCAAUUAUUUCAACACUUGAUCGUCCCAUUCAUUAUGUCGAUCAAACACUGUGCAGUGGCAUCGAUAAGCUUGAAGCAAAAGCACCAAUAAUCAAGGAACAACCACAGGAGAUUUAUCAACAAGCCAAAAAUAAGGUGGUCGAUGUUGUACAACCGACAUUGAGCCGUGUAUGCUCGAUGCGUGUGGCCGGUCAACAAAAAGCCCAUUCACUCAAGGAUUUAUCAUGGCAAAAAGCAAACGAAGUACUCGCCACACAAUACGGUAGCAUGGCCGUUUCCGGACUCGAUACCACAUCAGCAUUGGCUGAACGCUUACUCGACUAUUACUUCCCGAAAAAUGAGAACGAUGCGGCUGAAGAUGACAACACACCAAUCGAUGCAAAUGCUGAUCCAGUGCUUCAUACAUGCCAAACGGUUGGACGUUUAUCAAAUAAAGUUGCACGCCGUGUUUAUCGCACCGUAUCGCGUCAAGUAAAAAUGUUGAAAAAAGAAGAUGUACAGGAAUAUGUGGCGUCAUUAAUAGCCGUAUUGCGACUAACCCAAUAUUUAAAUUUCAUCAAUGAAAAAGUUCAAGCGGGUCAAUCGACAAUAGCCAUUGGCAGCGAAACCGAACAAAAUGGACAGUUGAACAAUAAACAACAACCACCACAACAGCAACAGCAAAACAACCAUCACCCAUCAAACAAUGAGCAAUGAACACUUUAAUAAUUCGUCAAUUUUUUUUUAUUUAAGUAUAACAUUUUUUUUUGCUUUCGAUUUCGAUUCAUAUCACACUCAAACACACAUACGCAAGUGAGUCAAAGUAAAAAAAAAGAAGAGAGAAAGAAAUGAAGAGAAUAAGCGAGUAGAAUGAACUCAAACAUACGAAAAAAGGGCAAAUCAAAAGCGAAAUCAAAGACCAAACAACAACAAAAAA